CUCCCUCUUUCCCAACCAUGCCUCUCCCUUAAAUCUCCUCACCAUGUCCAUCUGCUUCGGCUUCUCCGUCGGCGACUUCCUCGCCGCCCUCAAACUCACCUCCACCGUGAUCGACGCCCCGCGCUCCAGCAGCUGUUCAGGCACCCAGUUCCGGGAGCUCCUCAACGAGCUCUACACCCUCGAAAGCGCCCUGCUCCGCGUGAAACGCGUCGAGCUCCACGACUCGCAGAAUGUGGAGCGGGUUGCGCUGUCGCAGGCGGUGGCGCAGUGUCAGCGGACGAUCGAUGGGUUUUGAGAUAA